AUGUCGCCCAGCUCAGGGUCGCUCGGCGGUAGCGGGCGCCGGCUCGCACCCCCGGUCCCCGUGCCCAACCUCACGAAGAAGAGCCGCGGGCGGAGGGUCCCGACUGCGCAGCAGGUGGUGAAUGACGGGAAUGUGCAGAAGCGCAUGUACAUGUGCAAGGUUACGGGAUGCGGGAAGUGCUUCGCCCGCGGGGAGCACCUCAAGCGGCACGUGCGCAGCAUCCAUACUAACGAGAAGCCGCACAAGUGCCCAUACCCCGGAUGCGGCAAAGAGUUCAGCCGUCACGAUAACCUCGGACAGCACAUGAGGGUGCACAAAGGCUUCCAGAUGCCCAAGAGUGAUCGUCUGUGA